ACCGAAUAAAUAAACUUCCCCACACCCUUUGGCUAAGGUAGACAUCGCAUUUCUAAAGUGAAAGAGCAACCUUCGAAGACCGGCAACAAUUCCCUUUUCCCUCGCAGUUGCCACUCUCCAGAUGGCAGCCCAUGGCCUCCCCCCCUAGGUUUGACCUAAUCAACACAGCAAGCAUGCCUUUUUUUCGGGACUUUGUACACCAUGAAGUGAAGGAAGAAAGAAGAUGAGGCGAUGCUGUACUGCUCGCAUCUCCGGAUUGAUGCACUAGUUGGUUAUGUCAGCAAGCGGGCAUCAGUAGACGUGUUGCUCGGGGGGGAAAAGGGAAGAGGAGAGAGACUUGGCAAAGGUGAUGAUGAGAGCAUGGAGGAAUGCCCGCUUCCUAAUCUCGCCUUGCCCGGCGUUGUUACCUUGAGCUCUCCUACCCGUUACAUAUACCUCUGUUAUUCUCCGGUAUGAGAAUAAUGCGAUUGUUGUUUUGUUCUUCGUUACUACUCAACAGAACACACGCGCCUUUGUGCGUUCAUGGUCGGCGCUGGCCCCUUGGCUGCUUCACAUUGUAUAUUCAGGCGCGUCCUUCCUAUAGGCCGAGUAAAGAGAUAUACGGGCAGGCUGUUUUCAAUGUGGCAAGGGUUCUCAUAUGGCGUAUUGUUCUACUACUCUUUAUAUAUCUAGCAAUCUGAGGAAGAAGCUCUUUCUGUCCGUCCACUCACCGUCUCCAAAAUGCACCCCCUAUGAGGUUAUCACACCGAAAUAUUCAUGAGCUGGUUUGUCAAGGCCUGCAGCAUCAACCAGGCGCAAGCCGCCUGCUCGUGGCUGCCGACCUCGCCGCGCACCCAGCGCGCCAACUCGGUAUUGGUCGGCAUCAUCAAAGCGACGGCAGCAGCCCUCGUGUCUGCUCCCUCCUUCCACUCCUUUACCAUUCCCUCCACCUUCCGCUGGAGCUACUUAUACUGCUCGUCGGAACGGGCCAGCUCCC